UCAAAACUUUACUUCCUGCAAGAUAUUCAGGUUCUUCUUGGUCAAUGUUCGUGAGUCCUUUGUAUUCAAGACUAGAGUUGGAGCGUAUCGGUACGGGGCUGAAGAGAGCCAUUUGAUGGCCGAGGAGAAACUUAUUCCGCAGCUGUUCAAGCAGCUUAAGCUCUGCGGAGAGGAUGGCGAGCACGAACGGGGAAUCAAGAUCGCCAAUAAAAUUUUGGAGUCAGCAGGAGAUGAUGCUGAUGCACUUCGCUGCAAAGUAGUGUCCAUGGUGCAACUUGGUCAGUUUAAAGAUGCCAUUAGUUUUAUCAAAUCCAGUGGAGGUGAUGGUUUCCACGUGGAAAAGGCUUACUGCCACUAUCGGUGUCAUGAGCUGGAUGAUGCUUUGGCUAUACUGAAGAAUGCAAAUGGCAACAGUAGCCCUGAGAGGGAAUUGCUGGCACAAGUGCUGUAUCGCAUGGAGCAGUACAAGGAGAGCUAUGGUGUGUAUGAAGGUCUGAUAAGAAACUGUGACGACGACUACAGCGACGAGCGUGAGGCUAACAUGGUGGCCAUGGGCGCACUGGCUGUAUCAUCUAGUGGCGGCGUCAGUAUGGAGAAUACACGCGAGGACACAUAUGAACUGUGCUACAACAAGGCAUGUCGGUUUCUCGCCCAUGGCCGAACGAACGACGCAGAGUCGUUGCUCGUCAAGGCACAAGACCUGUGUCGUGAGACCCUGCUGGAAGAUGAUCCCGACACGACGCAGGAAGACAUUGAGGACGAGCUGGCACUAUCUCGUGUACAGUUAGCCUUCUGUGCACAGCUGCAGGGCAAGUCGAAGGAUGCUAUCGAUGUCUACAACAGCAUCUUACGAUCUCGACCAAGUGAUGCCGCGCUGGCUGCCGUUGCUGCCAACAACAUCGUAACAAUUCACAAGGACAAGGAUGUGUUUGACAGCCGCAAGAAGAUCAAGGUUGCUGCAGCAGAGGGUCUGGAGCAGAAGCUGACGUUGAGCCAGCGCAGAGCUAUUGCCUUCAACCGGUGCUUGUUUUACCUGUACACAAACCAGAGUGAUAAUUUCCGGUCAGCUGUUGCCACGCUGGAAAAGCAGUAUCCGUCAGAUUUGCCAUGCCUGUUGCAGGCCGCACACCUACAGCGCGAGAAGAAAUCAACACGAUCGUUUCAGCUACUGCAAGAUUACGGCAAGAGCCAUCCGACCAGCGCCAUGCGAGUGCAGCUAUCUCUUGCACAGAUCCAGUUGUCUCAGGGAAACAUUGCCGAUGCAGUCGCUACGCUGCAAGGAAUUCAGUCCUUGCGCCACCGGCUGGCAAUGGUCUCCACACUUGUUUCAUUACACACAGAGCUGGGUGACAUCACCGCUGCAGGCAAUCUUAUCAAGGAAGCUGUCUCUGCGGCUGAAAAGACCAGUGCUAGUGAAGCAGGGGAUCGCCAGCAGCUUCUUGAUUUACUGCAGUUUUCAGCCGGAUUCUUCUUAGAGCACAGCCAGCCGGAAGAUGCUGUUGCUAUGCUGCUCAAGCUGCGACAAGCUGACCCAUCUCGUGUAUCCACCAUUGCUCAGCUCGUCCUUGCCUACUCCUCCUUCAACCCACAGAAAGCCGAGGAGCUUAGCGCUAUCCUGCCUGGUCUGUCAGAGCUGUCAGCUGCUGACGCCCUGGAUGUGGACAAGCUCGAGUCAAUGCUUGGCGUUCGGCAGUCACGCAGGGCAGCGCGUGCCGCGGAAGCAGCCGCGACUGGCGACGCCCUCAGUGGCGAUGCACAGAAGAAGAAGUCCAAGGCGAAGAAGAAGAAAAAGAAGCGUCUGCCGAAGAACUUCGAUCCUGACAUCAAGCCUGAUCCAGAGCGUUGGCUGCCACGCUGGGAACGCAGUUCCAACCAGAAGCGCCGUCACCAGAAGAAGAAGGGCAUGCAAGUCGGCAAGGGCACGCAGGGAUCGGCAGCAGGCGCGUCAGAUAAGUUCGACGCAUCACUGCAGCCCGCAAAGGCGGAUUCGCCUGCCGCAGACGCUUCGCCUUCACCUUCUGCCGCUGCUGCCGCAUCUGGUGGCAAGGCAGCAUCGACUGCUCCAGCAGCUGCUAAGAAGAAGCAAAAGAAGAAGGGAAAGAGCAAGUGGUAAACACCACAUGGAUGAUUUUGUACUGGUCUCGGACCGUUUCGUGUACAUUUAUUUGACAAGAAAUCAUUCUUUUGUUGUCUGAUAAUUGAUAUACUGCCUUUGCUGUUAUCAAGAGCUUCCUCAGGGCUGUACAUAUUCCUGGUAUCAACACUCAUGCAUAAGAGUACAUCUACCGGUACUCUUCGUCUUGCUUGUAUCGGGUAUACUGUAUUGGUGUUGCCCUCCCAUCACUCAUCAGCUGCACUGCAUGGCCCAGUCGAUGUCGAAGCUAGUCGUGUAAAUAUGGUUUACUGGUAUACCACUCCUUGGUUUCACCCAAAAUCUCGUUCCAGAUUUGCUUUCCUUCCGCAAUAUUGCUUGUAAUUCUUCGAUAUUUUAGUAAAAUACCCAACGAAACCUUUA